AACUCAAGUGGCCGGGACGCCGCCUAAUCUGUAGAGCUCCCAAUUUACGAGGAGCCAUGCAACACUUUCUCUCCACAGCCACGGGAACCUUCGCCGUCAAACGGGUGCGUUCUCGACAACAUUCUGCGCUACGACAAAGGAGGAGUUAGCGAGGAAUUGGAGGUAACACGCACGUUAGAGGCUAAGACUAGCGGCCGAGCGCUUGGUUCGAUCGCGGCGGAGACUGCAGCUCUUCGAAUCUUCAUUUCCGACAAGGCGAGUUUACCUGUUCCGUGAGUAACGUUCCGUCGAAGAUUUCAGGUUGGAUGCGCGGACUGCUUGGGUCACUAGAGAGCAGUGGACUUUCAGGUGCCUUUUUCUGCAUGGUAUACUGCGACAAAAACAGAAUUUCGCCUUCGACAGUGUUCGGCGGGCACUACCGGGGAGGGGCCGCCCCGCUGCCGUCUCUUCAACUGGACCUUCUUCUGUGUUUGUCCGGCGAGACGCGUACGCUUGAAAUUACCGUUUAGGCGUUUUCCAGGAUUUACAGGCUGGGGUGAAGUUCGAGGAAACACUGGCUUUCUUCGCGGCCGGAUAAAGAUGGCGGAGCGGGUGAGUACGCCCGGGCCGGCCGCCUGCCUCGCAGCUGGGGUCGCCUCGUUCUCCACGUCACAGAUGACAGUUAAGUGCUCGGGUCCAUUUACACUUAAUUUCCAGCGUCCACCAUGCUUCGGGAGAGGGAAGCGCUUCCUCAUGCUAGCCUUCUUGGGACUCAGCUCUGUCCUGUGUGCGGGAAUCAGUCCUCGUUUGCUUGGAGUUUCUGCGGGUUCCCCGAAAAAGUCCUUCGCUGAGGAAGCCGUCUCGGGUCUGGGGCUCCACGCGCUGCACGGGCUUUUGUCGCAGCUCGGGGAAUUGGCGAAAAACACGACUUCAGCUGUCCGUCGCUCGGUUCACCGCAGCUUGUCUGAAGCUCGACAAACAGAUGCGUUCAAGUCGCUGAAAUACGCCAUGAACCGCGAGCCAGUGAUGACGGAAGAAGGCCUGGAGGAGGAGCUGUCCGCCUUAGGACAUGGUAUGAUCAAGUACCUUGCCCGAGUGGACACGGUGCACCCGCGGGAGCGACAAACAGUUUUGACUCAGCUGAUCCAAAAGGACCCCACCCUGUUCCACGUGUUGUUCAAAUACACGGCGCUGGAGGGUUUCGCGGACGUCAGCACAUCCUUCAGUCGCCUGAAAGACUUCUCCAGAAGUUUCGAGGACCUUUUAAAGAUCCAGGAAGACGACGAUGUGGUGUUAGAGAGUGGCUCAGAAAGGAGCGAGGUCGAAUCCGAUAAAGUGGCGGGUGAUGGAAGUGGAAAAAGUGCGGAUGAGAAGGCCAGCGAGUCGCCGACAGGGAAUGGCAAGCGACGGACACGCAGAAAGAACGUAAGAGGGAAGAAAAGACCGCGAAAAGAUGUAGCAGAGUUGACUGCGAGUGCCCUGAAACUCUUCGAGGCAGAACUGAGUACCCACCUCUCCUAUCUUACUGACCUUCUUAGCAAGAGUCCCGAAGAUGCGGAAGCUCUGAAGCUUUACGUUCGCCGAAUGGUUCCCCGCCUGAAGCAAGCUUUCCGAGCAGCGUGGCAGGCGGCCUCCACGCAACUUGGAGAGAGCGACGGCGAGUUCCAUCUACGGUAUUUGACAGAUUACUUGCGCGAGUUUGGUGUCCUGGAUACCCAGCUCGGCAGACUCAGCGAAAUUUUGCCGAGUUCGCAGCCUCCCUUCAACCCUGAAAACCAUUAUUACGGGACACCGUCCAUUGCACCCUGGGAAUGAACUGGAGGAAUCAUCCGUAGCGAGAGUGCCGAUACGGUUUUUCUGGCUACGACAGACAGGGUUGUGACUCGCAGCUUGUUGGAUUUGGGCUACUUUCUUUGCCGAAACAGAUGGAGCCUAACGUCUGAACACAGUCCUGCGUUAAUGUACUUCAGGUAGAUGAUGCAGUAUUUCCUUAUAAUCAUAGUGACUAUCCUCCUUUCGUUCGGAGGAUGUCAGUGGAGCCUCAGUCGGGGCAAGAAGCUGAGAAAAACACGGUUUCGUUUUUGUCCAGUGCCUGCAAUCAACCUCGGUUGCGGUGAAACGUUGAAUUUUCAAGCUCCACCGUUUUUGUGAGCAACUCUGGGAGCUCAGUGACAUACGCUGUCUUGGAACGAGGAACCAGUCGCUGCCACCAUCUGUUGCGUCACUGUUCUGUACGGUCACUUUAAAAUCAAGGAAACAGAGAGUGUCCGCAACUGAACGAAAUCGAGGAAUGAUGGGGUACCGCAAUGUUCCUAUCCAACGAUUUACGAGUCAGAUUUGCAAGCCAGGAUGAUUCGUCAGUAGGGGUUUCUAGAAUUUUGUUUGGAAAUGUGUGGUAAUGCACUCUGUUCGCUCCCGAUUUCCUGCUUUCUUUCACCGGAAUGUCAGAAUUAUUCUCCGGGAUUAGAAGUUCGGCGCUGAGAUCGUCUGUCUGGUGCUGUGUUCUUUUUGUUGAGCUCUUGGCUUUGGUUUUCAGUGUGCACGUGUGUGCAAGCGAUGCGUUCGUAGAUGUGCGUGUCCUGCCUGACCAGCUGAUUUUGCGUCAAAUGCUCGGGUAAUAUCUGACAUAUUGCCAGCAGAUCCAGCAAAUGAACGCACACCAUCUUUAACUACGCAUCGUCGACGGUGAUCGAGGCAGAUACCUUCCGCGCCAGCCGUUGACUGCAAGUUGGCAGGUUGUUGAGGCCGACGACUAACACUGAACCACGCGACGGCGGUAAUCGUCAAAAGUCUCUGAUCGG